UUACGUUACCAUGGUGAUUCACUCCGGUAAGAGGAAACGAAGAAACCUUCGAAGAACAGGCCUGGAGUUUUUUUGAAGAGUUCCUGGACCCCAACAUUCAAACUCUGCUUCAAUUUGACUGGGACGCAUAUCUGUACAACAAUAAAAGGGGGAGCUGCGUUGUGGUGACGGCCUUCUCCUUGGUAAUGAUAAGGAUUUUGCCUGCUGGGCGAAGCAUUACUGGGGUUUCACUUUCACUCGGCCACAGGCUUUCUGUAUGGCUCUCACCGAGGACGACUGCAUAAAACACUUCCAGAAACUUGGGCACCGGCUUGUCUACAUGGACAUUGAGAUAGCAGGGGAAGCGGCGGGGAGGUUGUUGUUUGAGCUGUUCACAGAUAUUUGUCCAAAGACAUCAAAGAACUUUGAGGAUCUGUGCACAGGAGUGCAAGGAUUGUCACAGAGUGGCUUCCCUCUCUGCUACAAGGGCUCUCUGUUUCAUCGGGUAGUGCCCGGUGGCUGGGUGCAAGGUGGAGAUAUUUCUCCAGAACGAAAAGGUAAUGGGGGUGAGUCAAUCUAUGGACCAACAUUUGAAGAUGAAAGUUUUGCUAUUUCCCACUCAAAGCGGGGCAUGCUAGGGAUGGCCAACAAGGGUCCCCACAGAAACGGAUCCCAGUUUUACAUCACCCUGCAGCCAACAAUGUGGAUGGACAGGACCUAUGUCGCCUUUGGACAAAUGGUUGAGGGUGUUGAUGUCCUCAAGAGAUUGGAAGAGGUGCCGACUUGCAACGACAGACCAAAGUAUGAAUGUAAAGUUACAGAUUGUGGGGUAUUAAAGCUAUAAGAAUCAAACAUUUAUUAUUGAUGCUUUUUAUAAAAUGUUUUUGGUGCAGUAAAAUAAAUCAACGUAUAAGAUCUA